GCAAAGGAGGACAUGCAUAUUUGAAGUAUCCAAUUUGGUGGGCUGGAAUCUUUCUAAUGGGUCUUGGCGAAGCACUGAAUUUCACCGCAUACGGAUUUGCACCAGCAUCUGUGGUCACUCCGUUGGGUGGGUUCAGCGUUUUAGUGACGGCCAUACUUUCUUCUCGGUAUCUUAAAGAAAAGCUGAACAUUUUAGGGAAAUGUGGCUGUCUUGUCAGCGUUCUGGGUGCGACAGUGAUUGUUUUGCAUGCUCCAAAAGAAGUCGAUGUUUUGUCAUUGACUGACUAUGCGGACCGAAUCCGCAACUCAGGUUUCUGUUACUAUUUUGCCUUUGCAGUCACCUUGAUUUUGGUGAUGGUGUUUUUCGUGGCGCCGGUUCAUGGUGACAAAAACCUGACGGUAUACAUUCUGAUCUGCUCGACGGUAGGAUCACUUGGCGUCAUAGCGUGCAAAGCUUUGUCGAUCGCGACCAGGACAGCGUUGAUUGAUGGCGACGGGAAGGUCGGCCUCGCACAUGCUAGCCUAAUCAGUUGUGCCCUUUUACUGUUGAUCCUCUGUGUUGCCGUUCAGCUGUGGUACCUUAACAAGUCCUUAGACAUAUUCGACGCUAACGUCGUGACUGCUGUUUACUAUGUCUUUUUCACUACAUUCGUCAUCAUUGCAUCAGGGCUGUUUUUCGGCGAAUGGAGACUCAUGGAAUGGACUGAUGUUAUCGGCAGUAUAGCCGGGUUUACGAUUACGGUAAUCGGUGUUUUCUUGAUCGAACUGUUUGGCCGUACCGCAUUUUCCUGCGAUUCUCUUAGCAGAUUAUUUCAAUUAAACUACGCACGGAAC